UUAAACGACCUAAUCGACAACAUCGGGUUGUUUCGUCGCGGCGAGUGUGUGUGUAUGUGUGUACGUUGUGAGUUUUCUGAGUCUUCGACGACGACGACGACGGAGGUGUAGUGUCAUGUGUGCGAUUACUAUCUUAACGCGACUUACACUCACUUCUCGCUCGCACUUCUACACACUACCACUGCUGGCUACGACGAGAGUGUUGCCCGCCCGCCUUCUACUAUAUCAUAGAAGACGCCGGCGCUCGCUCAAACAAAAAGGCCCUUUUCAGGGCCGCAUAUGAUUCAUAUUUUUUUUAUAAAAUGUUUCUCUUGACGAUUCGUCAACUUUACACGAACACACACACAAACCAUAAUACGAUUAUAUAUUAUGUAUCAAAAAAAUAAGUAGUAGGUGUAUGUGUAACAUGAUAGAUUUAUCCACCACCGAAAUAUAGGUACCUUAACACUCAGACUUCCUAUAUACCUAGUUUUGUGUACAUAAAAAUAUAUACUCACCUUGACCUGAUUGAGGAUCAUCACAUCACAAGUAUGGUAAUAUAAUUUAUUGGAAUAGAAAGAUGCGUAUCUACAUAGUACGUACUUGUGUUCGUUGGGUUAGGUGAACUUAAAGCAAAAUUCGUUCGUAAUUUAUAACAUUUUUAUUUUUUACAAACCGAACGCACGCUACUACGCGCGCGGGACAGAUAUUACAUUUAAUAUGUUCUCUCGCAACUGAAUAUAGGUAAUAUUGAUAAUAAAGUAUAAGUAAAGAGAUGGAUUUAAUGUAUACCAUACGAUACGAGGUCAGGAAGAAAAUGAAAUAUUAUUAUUAUACAGAAUAUUGAAACACGUUCAUUCAGUCACGAAUUUUAUAAUAAUUCUUCAUCUAUAAUAAAACAUAGACACGAAUUGUAAAUAGGUAUCUUAGUCCCCGAUAUUCUAGGGGGUCUUUACAUACAUAGUACCUGCUUUAGUUUCGUUUCGUAUAAUAUAUAUUGCUAACUAGUAACUACGACGGCGAAGACCACCAAGGCGGCGGGGCGCGGAUACCGUUUGCCUAUCUCACGCGGAUUAUUCCUUUAUUUCAUACUUCUUGUGUGUUAUAAUUAUUUCGUAUUUUUUUCAUUUAAAUCACAAACUGAAUUAUCUUCCGAUGACCCGUCUCGAUCCCGAGUUAUAUAUUGAAUUCGUGUCCGUCCUUAGGCUCUCGACUACUAUACGGGAGGAGACCGAGCUCGACGACGACGGUCUAGUCGGUGUGUUUUACGACGGUUCACUUUUACUUAGAUAAUUAUCGACUCCAACUGUCGAAUAUCAACGAAACGUUGUCGUUUUAAAUCUUCGAUAUCUUCCCUGUUGACGGGUCGACAUCGAUGCUCCCUAACUAUAUACUUUAAAUGAUAAAAAUGCAUUUUGAUAUACACCCGAGGUACCGGGAGUACGCCGUCGCCGAUUUAAAUCGACGCACCGAUCGCCUCGACGACCUCACGACGUAACGCGCCGCACCUAUACGCACUCAACUUCAUGGGGGAUCGUAUCGAACCCGAAUAUAUAAUAUUUUAUCUAGUUUACCUAAAUAAAAAUUUAUUUUAUUAGAUACGUGUUAGUGAAAAGUUUCAAGCGUUCAUACGAGAAAUCGUCGCGCGAGACCGCGGCGCUCGUUACGGUAAAGUUUCGUCGUACCUGACCGACGCUAUUCGAUGACGAGUAAAGUGGCGACAUCUAAGUCUCUCUCUAUAACUUCACUUUUAUUAUCGUCGUUUGUUUGUUUACUUACUUACUUACGUACGUACGUGUUAUUAUCAUCAUAAAAUGGCAGACACAGCAGUAGCUACCGAGGCUCCGGCACCCGCUACCCCGGCGAAGAAGCAAGCAAGACAGGCCGGCGGCGCCGGGGCGAAGAAGCCUAAAGCCAAGCCGACCCAUCCUAAAACAUCCGAGAUGGUUACGAGCGCGAUCAAGGAGAUGAAGGAGCGCAGCGGUUCCUCGUUGCAGGCUAUCAAGAAGUACAUCGCCGCCCAGUACAAGGUCGACUCCGAGAAACUCGCUCCGUUCAUAAAGAAGUACCUGAAGAGCGCCGUCGAAUCCGGCGUCCUAAUUCAGACCAAGGGCAAGGGAGCUUCGGGUUCGUUCAAACUCGAGUCGAAAUCGGCCGCGGCGAAGAAACCCGCCGGCGCCGGAGCCGGAAAGGCCGGCGGCAAGGCGGCCUCGUCCGCUACAGCAGCGUCGAAGGCGAAGAAAGCCACCGCUUCUCAGGCGGGAGCCAAGACCAAGAAGGCCGCGGCCGCCGCCGCGAGCGCGUCCGCCGCUUCGGGAUCGCCCUCGAAGUCUAAGGCUUCGGCCGCGGCGAGCGCCAAGGAGAAGAAGGCCGCCGCCGCCGCCAAGAAGAAGCCCGCCGCCGCGAAGAAGGCCGCCGCCCCGGCUAAGGCGAAGGGAGGCGCCGCACCCAAGGCCAAGAAGACCGCCAAGCCCCCGACGAAGAAGCCGAAGGCGCCCAAACCCAAGAAGGCCGCCGCUACGCCCAAGUCGAAGCCCGCCGCGAAGAAGGCUUCCGCCGCUAAGAAGUAAGCGACGCCGACCCGAACUCGCGUCCCACGGCUACGAGAGCGGUGUUCAGAGACACGGCACGGCACGGCACGGCAGCGCAGAGCGAACACUCAGUGAUUUGAAUAGUUCGUUGCGUUGCGUUGAGACGAGACGAGACGAGUAUGAUGAUCGCUGGGUUCGUGUUUGUGUACAUGUUGUUGUUGUUGUUGUUGUUGUGUUUCGUUCAACGCUCUUUGUAAACAAUUGUGAGUGUGAACAGUUGUUUAUGAGUUGGCAAAGCAAGCAAGCUAGCAAGCAAGCAACCAAAAAGCCCUUUUCAGGGCUAACAAAAGUUUCACGGUAACCGGUCCGGAGUGACUAGACCGGUACUGUUUCUCUAUGUUGUUGUUGGCGUCAAUGAUGAGAAUAGAGAUAGAGAUAAUUGGUAAUAGAUAGAUAGAUAAUGGUCGGCUCUUGAUAUAUUAUAUAUAGUGAGCCGUAAAUAAUAUGUAUGGUACAGGUCCGCGCGGUGAAGUAAGUAAAUAUAUUAUGUAUAGGUAUAAUAUAGAGAUUGAAAGGUAAACCUGUGCGGAUGGAAGGAUCUAAGGAUGGAAGGAAGGAAGGAAGGAAGGAAUAAAUAAGGAAAUGUUAGAAGCAAGAAGGGAACGAUUUGAGAGAUAGAGAGGUAUAAUUAUGUAUGUUGAAUGAAUAUAGAUUGAUUGAUUGAU